GCGCUGCGGCCCGCGGGACCGCGCCGCCACAGCCGGGGCCGGCGCCGACGAGCGCCCGCCCGCCGCCUCCGCCCGCCGCGCGCGCCGCGAGGAGAUGUGGGACAUAUGGAUUUGGGAUAUGAAUUCAUUUGAAAAACCACUCUGGGGUUAUAAACGUGAUUUCUGAUGAAACCAGAUUGGAGUAAUUUUCAUGAUCUUUGUAAAUUUAUAUAUAUAUAUUUUAAAAUUUUGCAUUUGACUUAAAGUGCCAUGAGAAAAUUUGCAUAUUGCAAGGUGGUCCUAGCCACCUCCUUGAUUUGGGUACUCUUGGAUAUGUUCCUGCUGCUCUACUUCAGUGAAUGCAACAAAUGUGAUGAAAAAAAGGAGCAAGGACUUCCUGCUGGGGAUGUACUAGAGCCUAUACAAAAGCCUCAUGAAGGUCCUGGAGAAAUGGGGAAACCAGUUGUCAUUCCUAAGGAAGAUCAAGAAAAGAUGAAAGAGAUGUUUAAAAUCAAUCAGUUCAAUUUAAUGGCAAGUGAGAUGAUUGCACUCAACAGAUCUUUACCAGAUGUUAGAUUAGAAGGGUGUAAAACAAAGGUGUAUCCAGAUAAUCUUCCUACAACAAGUGUGGUGAUUGUUUUCCACAAUGAGGCUUGGAGCACACUUCUGCGAACUGUCCAUAGUGUCAUUAAUCGCUCACCAAGACACAUGCUAGAAGAAAUUGUUCUAGUAGAUGAUGCCAGUGAAAGAGACUUUUUGAAAAGACCUCUAGAGAGCUAUGUGAAAAAAUUAAAAGUACCAGUUCAUGUAAUUCGAAUGGAACAACGGUCUGGAUUGAUCAGAGCUAGAUUAAAAGGAGCUGCAGUGUCUAAAGGCCAAGUGAUCACCUUCUUAGAUGCUCACUGUGAGUGUACAGUGGGAUGGCUGGAACCUCUCUUAGCCAGGAUCAAACAUGACAGGAGAACGGUCGUUUGUCCUAUCAUUGACGUGAUCAGUGAUGAUACUUUUGAGUACAUGGCAGGCUCUGAUAUGACCUAUGGCGGCUUCAACUGGAAGCUCAAUUUUCGCUGGUAUCCUGUUCCCCAAAGAGAAAUGGACAGAAGGAAAGGUGAUCGGACACUUCCUGUGAGAACACCUACAAUGGCAGGAGGCCUUUUUUCAAUAGACAGAGAUUAUUUUCAGGAAAUUGGAACAUAUGAUGCUGGAAUGGAUAUUUGGGGAGGAGAAAACCUAGAAAUUUCUUUUAGGAUUUGGCAGUGUGGAGGAACUCUGGAGAUUGUUACCUGCUCGCAUGUUGGACAUGUGUUUCGGAAGGCAACACCUUACACAUUUCCAGGGGGCACUGGGCAGAUCAUUAAUAAAAAUAACAGACGACUUGCAGAAGUGUGGAUGGAUGAAUUCAAGAAUUUCUUCUAUAUAAUUUCUCCAGGUGUUACGAAGGUGGAGUAUGGCGAUAUAGCAUCAAGACUUGGUCUAAGACACAAACUCCAAUGCAAACCCUUCUCUUGGUACCUAGAGAAUAUUUAUCCUGAUUCUCAGAUUCCACGUCACUAUUUCUCUUUGGGAGAGAUACGGAAUGUGGAAACGAAUCAGUGCCUGGAUAACAUGGCUAGAAAAGAAAAUGAAAAAGUCGGAAUUUUCAACUGCCACGGAAUGGGAGGUAAUCAGGUUUUCUCUUACACUGCCAACAAAGAAAUUAGAACUGAUGACCUUUGCCUCGAUGUCUCCAAACUUAAUGGCCCAGUGACAAUGCUUAAAUGCCACCAUUUAAAAGGCAACCAACUUUGGGAAUAUGACCCAGUGAAAUUAACCCUGCAGCAUGUGAACAGUAACCAGUGCCUGGACAAAGCCACCGAAGAGGACAGCCAGGUGCCCAGCAUCAGAGACUGCAGUGGAAGCCGGUCCCAACAGUGGCUUCUUCGAAAUGUCACACUCCCAGAAAUAUUCUGAGACCAAAUUUACAAAAGGAGGAGAAAAAUAAGGAUGGACUGGGCUACCUCAGCAAACAUCUCUGCCACAUUCUUAAGUAGCAAAAAAAAAAAAAAAAAAAAAGGAAAAGUACUUUUCCUCCUCCUCUGCAGGAUGUAAGGUUUAUCAGCCAUUAAAACUUAGACUCCUCUCGCUUUCACUAGCUGUGAACCAGCCUUCCUGUCCAAGGACGUGAAACUCUGUAGUAGCGAGACUGUGCACACUGAUGUUUACAAGAUUGAAGAGUCUUUCAUCAAGAAUCAUUGUAAAGAAUAUUCAGACAAACAACAGAUGAAAUGUGCUUUCCAGAAAACUAUACCUUUUAUGGUUUGCUUGCACAUCAGUAACUUCCGCUGACUGUGCUGUCAUAAUGAAGAGAUUUCCAAGAGGUGUUUUUUUUUUUCUGAUUAGAACUGGUAGCCAGUAUAUUAAAGCAUUGAUAUAAAGAUGAAUGAAAAAACUGGAACCAGAUCCAGAAUCAUGAAGACAACAUUUUUACAAUUUAAAAAAGAAAAAACUAUAUUAAACAGGGUUUAAAGGAAAUUAAAACAGAACUAUGAGAAGUACAAUUUGUUACAGUAUAGUAUCAAAUUUCUAUAUAGAUUUUAUACCUCAGUGGGGGAAAAUAACUGAUUCCAAUGAAAUUCAUUUUGUUUUCAUCUGUGAUAGUCAUGGAUGCAUUUUUCCCUUAGGGUGCUGAAAUUGAGCUGGUAAAAUAGCUCUUUGAACGUAGUUUUAAUUGCUUUCUACAAUUUUUUUUUAAUUUGGUGUGUGGGCUGUUGGAAUUGUAAUUUUUAAAUGCCUUCCAAAAGUGGAGAUUUAAAAUACUGUCUGGUUUCACUGAACAUAUUAGAUAUCUUCGUUGCUCUCGGGGCAGCUGGCUUAUAGAUAUACACGCACACCCCCCACAAAUUUCUUACUAGAUUUUCAACUGAUAAUGCUUAGUACCCAAGACUCAUACUACUGUACUACCAAUUUAUUUUCAGAGCAAUAAAUCUCAGUUCUUUGAUUAUGAUCCCACUCAAAAGGCCUACAGAAGUGAUUGUUUGGGCAUUUGGAGAUACUUUUUUUUUUUUUUCAAGAAACUUUUUCACCUCGUACUCAGAUAGGCUUCACUUGUCAAGUACAUAUUUAGAUUAGGAUUCUUGAAUUGUACUGUUCAUCUGCUUUUAAGAAAUGAAAUUUGACUGAAAAUGUUUAAUUGGCAUUUUUAUGAGUUAGCCAAAGAAGUGCAGCUGUUAUUCCCAUAUUAGUAGUCCUGCAUUUCUUCCCUAAAUUCUUUUUUUUACUGAUUUUUUAGUACCAUAAAAUAUUCUGUGCAUCAAUUAAAAGUUGAGUAUCAAUGCUUAAUCUCAUAGGAAGACCAUCUCAUGGUACUUUUCCUGAAAAGCAAUCCAUUGGCCAAAGUGCAUAUAUUUCCUUCCUAGUUAUAAGGUUAUAUUUAAUAAUAUUCUUUUCUUUGAUUAUCUCUCACAGAAAGACUCACUGCAGGCAGUGUUAUUUCUUAUGCCUAGGAAUGUUUGUGACAGUUGCUCACUAAUGAUACUUGCCAAGAUGAGUGUACAGAACGUUUCUCAUAGACCAUUCAAGGUAAUGAAUAUCAAGCACAUACGGGUGCUUUAGGGUCAGGCUGAGUAGAAUGCAUAAUUUUGUCCCCAGAAAAUUUGAAAUGAAGCAGGUGCCGGAUGGAAUUUUUUUUCUACUCCAUGAGCUAUGUUAAUUCUAUCUUCAGUAGGCCUAAUGCUUGAAUAAACCAGAUGUCUAAUCAAUAAAUUAUUUUCAUGCCCAGAAUUUCAGGGUUUUGUACUUUAGCAUAGUUUGGUCUUAUUCCUUACUGUAAGAGAACUUAACAGCAAUGUGACUUAAGGUUUGUUUUGUUUAAGUGGGGAAUGCGAAUGAUUUAAUUCAUGGGUACUUUUAGAACCUAAUAGAUAAUCCCAUUGCCUUUAUUUUUCUAAUUAAAGAAUUCCUGAAUACUUUGAAAAUAUAAAAUAUUCCUAAAUA